AACGGCGUGGGAGCAUGGCAGCUCUGGCGGCCGCCCUCCCAAGCGGGGAUGAGUGCGCAGAGGAGGAGGAGGAUGAGCUGGAGCCGGGGCUGGAUGAGGCCGAGCCGGAACCUGACAGUGGGGCCAGGGCAGCAGGGGGACCCCGGGGUGCCGUGCUGACACGUCGGGGCAUCACUCUGCGUGUGCUGCUGCGUGACGGGCUGCUGGAAGCGGGGGCGGGGGUCCUGUCCAUCUACUACCUGGGCAAGAAGUUCGUGGGGGACCUGGGUGCGGACGGGGCCAUCACAUGGCAGGAGACGGGGCAGGUGUUCGGCUCACCCAGCGCCUGGGCCACGCACUGCAAGCGCCUGGUGAACCCUGCCAAGAAGUCGGGCUGCGGUUGGGCCUCCGUGCGCUACAAGGGGCAGCGCCUGGAUCAGUACAAGGCUGCAUGGCUGCGGCGCCACCAGCCCCACGCGCCCAGCGAUGAGGCUCUGCCCAGUGAGGGCGAGGAGGAUGAGCUGCCCGAGGAGGAAGAGGAGGAGGCUGGGGACGGCCGAACGCCUGCACCGGAGCCAGCAGCCACCAAGAGAAUGGAGGAGAAGAGCAAGAAGCUGCCGGGCCGCGGCACAGCAGAGCAGGAGCCCACCCCCCCGGUGAGGAGGCCGGAGAGCAAAAGCCGGGCGCCCGUCCGCUAUUGCAUGCUGGGCACACGAGACGCAGCCAGGAACCCACAGACCCUGGUGGAGGUGACGUCCUUCGCCGCCAUUAACAAGUUCCAGCCCUUCAACGUGGCCAUCUCCAGCAACGUCCUCCUGCUGCUGGAUUUCCACAGCCACCUGACACGCAGUGAAGUCGUGGGCUAUCUGGGAGGCCGCUGGGACACCAACACGCAGCGUAGGCAAUGGGGGACAGGGGGGAACAGCCCCUGGCGCUGCCACCCACCCCCAGUCCCCGCAGUGCUGACGGUGCUGCGCGCGUUCCCGUGCCGGAGCCGCCUGGGCGAUGCUGAGACCGCGGGUGCCGUGGAGGAGGAGAUCUGCCAGAGCCUGUUCCUGCGGGGGCUGUCGUUGGUGGGUUGGUACCACAGCCACCCCUUCGGCCCCGCGCUGCCCUCCCUGCACGACAUCGACGCGCAGAUGGAUUACCAGCUCAAACUGCAGGGCAGCGGCAACGGCUUCCAGCCCUGCCUGGCCCUCAUCUGCGGGCCCUACUAUGCUGGUAACCCCGGUGUGGAGUCCAAGAUUGCGCCUUUCUGGGUGAUGCCACCGCCUGAGCAACGGCCCAACGACUACGGCAUCCCCAUGGAUGUGGAGGUGGCCUACAUCCAGGAUGGCUUCCUCACCAAUGAUGUCCUGCAGGAGAUGAUGCUGCUGGUGGAGUUCUACAAAGGAGCCCCGGACCUGGUGAAGUUCCAGGAGCUGUGGAGCCAGGACCAGACCUACUUGGAUAAGCUGAAGGGCUCCCUGGCCUCUCGCAGCCCCAAGGACCAGAGCUUUGCCCACAUCCUGGAGCAGAUCUAUGGCCUGCUGAGGUACAGCAGCUGAGCAGGAGCUGCAACGGGAGCAGGGG